AAAAGAGAGAGAGAGAGAGAUACAAAACAAAAAACCCUCGGUCUCAUUUCAGUCAGCUUGUUCUUGCACAAAACAAAAAGAAGCCUUCGUAUUGUUCGCUCUUCAAUUCGCUACCUUAUCUUCUUCAUCUUCUUCUUAGCUCUGAAAACCCAGAAAACAAUGGCAAUGGAGGACUUCACAGAACCCAAUACGAGCAAGGAAACCGACCCAAAAUCGGACGGAAAAGGCGAAGAAAAAGAAGACGAAGAUGAAGAAUUCUCCUCUUCCGACGAGUCAGACUCCGAGUCGGACGAUUCCUCAUCCGAAUCGGAGACGGAGCAAGAGAAGACGGAUAAGCCCGAAGAGCCCCUCGCCUACGUUCGACCCACCGAUGAAAUAGACGAGUUUGACAACUCUCCGGAGACGAACGUGGGGUUGUUCAACCAGGUUCUCAACAGCAAGAGGGUGAGGAGGAGGAGAGAGGAGGAGGAGAGGGACUACGUAGACCACGAGGAACUCUUUGAUUUCCCCAAGGACCCUGAGAAUUGGAAGGAGGAGGAUCUGAUGGAGCUCUGGGGCGACGCUCCGCUGGAGAUGACCAAGCCAGGGUGGGACCCGGCCUGGGCCGACGAGGAGGAUUGGGAGGUUGUCAGGAAGGAGGUUGCGGCCGGCCGGGACCCACCCAUUGCGCCGUUCUACGUCCCGUUUCGGAAGCCUUAUCCUGUCAUACCCGACAACCACCAUGAUAUAUCCAACCCCAAGUCCGUCAUUGAGGAGUUGGAUCGGAUUGAGGAGUUUCUUAACUGGGUCAGCUACAUUUUCCCCGAUGGCAGCUCGUAUGAGGGCACUGUUUGGGAUGACUUAGCUCAUGGAAAAGGUGUUUAUGUUGGUGAACAGGGGCUUGUCAGGUAUGAAGGUGAGUGGCUUCAAAAUAACAUGGAGGGUCACGGAGUUGUUGAAGUCGAUAUACCUGAUAUAGAACCUGUGCCAGGUUCCAAGCUUGAAGCACAAAUGCGUGCCGAAGGGAAAUUAAUAUCAAGAGACUAUAUGACCCCAAAAGAUAGAGAAUGGCUGGAGAUGGAUAUUGAAGACAGCAUUAGUUUGGCAGGAGGAAACUAUGAAAUACCUUUCUAUGAGAAUGAAGAGUGGAUCAGACAAUUUGGGCGGAAGCCUGAGAAGGGUCGAUACCGAUAUGCUGGUGAGUGGAAGCAUGGCAGGAUGCAUGGAUGUGGUGUAUAUGAGAUCAACGAGCGCACUGUCUUUGGUAGGUUCUACUUUGGGGAACUAUUGGAGGAUGAUUAUGGUUGUGAUGCGGAGAUAUCAGCGAUGCAUGCUGGUAUAGCAGAAGUAGCUGCGGCUAAGGCCCGGAUGUUCAUAAACAAGCCUGAUGGAAUGGUUCGGGAAGAGAGGGGCCCAUAUAGCGAUCCCCAACAUCCCUAUUUCUAUGAGGAAGAAGACGUGUGGAUGGCGCCAGGCUUUAUAAACCAAUUCUAUGAAGUCCCUGAUUAUUGGAAAACAUAUGUGCAUGAGGUGGACAAGGAAAGGGAAAUGUGGUUAAACUCCUUUUAUAAAGCUCCGUUAAGAUUACCUAUGCCUGCCGAGCUCGAGUACUGGUGGUCAAAAGAUGAUACUCCAGAAUUUGUUCUCGUUAACAAAGAACCAGAGCUUGAUCCUGAAGAUCCAUCAAAGCCUGUGCAUAAUGAAGAUCCCCUAAUCCUACAUAAGCCAACUGGACGUUUAAUCAAUUAUAGAGAUGAUGAGGAGCAUGGGAUUCGCUUAUUUUGGCAGCCGGAAGAUGGGAAAGUUGCAGAUCCUGAAAAGGUCGAGUACCUACCCCUUGGGUUCGAUGAGUUUUAUGGACGAGAUACUGGCGAGAAGGAGGGCACUUUUAAGCGUUUUAUAUCAGCAGUUGAAAAAGCAUGCAUGCCAGUUUUUGAUAAACUAGAGAAAUGGACCGAGGAGCAGAAAGAGGCUAGUGAGUUGAGGAUGAAGCUGAUCGAGAAAGAACUUGAACUGAUAGAGGCUGAGAUAAGCCUUGAAGAGGCUAUUGAGGACAUGGAUGAAGAGUUAGAAAGGGAGGAAAAAGAAGAGGAAAAGAAAGUGGAAAUGGGUACGGAGGCGACGGAAGAUACUCUGCCAUUGCCUAAACAAGAUGAGGGAGUUUCAGUUGAAGAGGUGGAAGUCAAAGAAGAAGAAGAAGAAGAGGAGGAAGAGGAGGAUGGUGAUGAUGAUGACACUCCAUCAAGUUUUGGCUCUGCUAAUAAUAAUACAGAUAAGAAUCCAAGUAAGAAUGACCAAAAGGGAAGCCAAUCCAGGCCAUCUCCAUUUUCAACAUCUUCAUUAUCGUUUGCUACUGGUAGCCUCGUCUCCGGAGUUCCAUCCUUGUUACAACAAUCAUUUUUAUCGUGGAAGAAGCGUAGAUCAAUGGUAAAGGCAACUCCUCCCUUGUGUGCCGAAUGCCGUAUUGGCUUUCUUCAGAGACCAGGUUCAGUUAGUUUUCCUCUGGUGUUUGGAAGCAAGGGAAAGUUGAUCACUGAAAGCCAAACCCCUGUACUCCAAUCGAAGAACCGCUCCCAUGGAAGGAUACGUCGGCUGCGUUCCUUAUCUCAGAUUCCAUCGCAUCCUUCUGUUCCCGUGACGCCAAAAGGAAGCAGAAAACUGCGGGCAGCAAGAAAUCAUGCUUGGUUGCACAUUGCACCGGAAAGCGAAUUAGAUACUAUAUUGUCUUUGCACACCCCAGUUCAUUAUUUGGAACAGCAUAUAAGAGACUAAAUUUGGUGAGCAACUUUCUACCCCUCUUUGACAACAGUACACUUGAAAAUUUUGAUUGAGGUCCAAAUUUUGUAAUGCUACAGUCAUUUUUGCCUUUGUCAAAUACUUCAAUUGAGCCUUUGCUUUUCCUGGUUUAUGCCUUUAAAGGCAGAGAGAUGAAAA